UUAAGGCAAAACCAUAAAAGCUGGUGACGAUGAGACAUGUAGCAAUAUUCGUCAAGGGCUUGAGGAAAGCAUUGUUAUCUAGUUGGCUCGUAGCACUCAUCACAGACGGGGCAAAAUGGAGUCACCAUCAUUCACAAUAUUUCCAACUUCUGAAACAAUCUGUGUCGGAGGCGACAACAAGCGCAGUGUCGUUGACGUGCAUCGUGAACCUGAGCCCCUCUCUGUAGCCCCCCUGGAGUGUUAAGCCACCCCACCUCACACAGAAGGAAGUGGUGCAGCGGUGUGGUUUCUCCUGUUGAGAGACAGUGAGACACAACACCUGCUUCUGAGAGCAACCACAGCAGCAUUGGCUUUAGGCAGAACGUCACUACCACCAGGUCUUGAUGUCACCGUGCUGUGCUCUGCUAAAUGCACUAUGUUAUGAAACACUGUAGUGUAGGCAGACGGUUUAAGGGAACAGGCAGCUAGCUAGUCAACCAUUGCAGACAGGAAGUCAUGAAACAAAAAUGCUCAAACUACAUUUAAAUCUGUUGGUCUUAAACCGUUAUGAAAGACACCGUGACAAAAUAAAUGAUUAAGGACACCUGUUGCACAAAUUCAAAGUAAAAGUCUCAGAAUGCUUGUUUGUAUUACAGGGAUCUGGAGAUUACACAGAGGACUAUGAGGAAGGCUAUACUGAGACCCCAGGGGGAAUGUGUGAUAAGUCCUGGGUGAGGGAGUUCCGGGGUCUCUACGAACCCCCUCUGUUCUGGCUCAUCUUCUCCCUGGGCGCCGUCGGCAACCUGAUGGUGGUCUUCAUCUUUACCACGGUACGCCACCGCCUCAAGACUAUGACAGACGUGUACCUACUCAACCUGGCUGUGGCUGAUCUCUUCUUCCUGGGUACACUGCCCUUCUGGGCUGCUGAUGCCACCAGGGGCUGGGUGUUCGGCCUGGGCCUCUGUAAGAUCCUCUCGGCCGUCUACAAAAUCAACUUCUUCAGCAGCAUGCUGUUGCUCACCUGUAUCAGUGUGGACCGCUAUGUGGCAAUCGUCCAGGUCACCAAGGCUCACAACCUGAAGAACAAGAGGCUGUUUGUCAGCAAGCUGGUCUGUCUGGCUGUCUGGAUCAUCUCAGGCCUCCUGGCUCUGCCUGAGUUCAUUUUCGCCCAGGUGAAGCCUGACCACAGGGGCAAUUCCUUCUGUGUCCUGGUCUACCCGAACAACCUUUUCAACCGCACCAAGAUCCUGGUGCUGGCUCUGCAGGUCUGUGUGGGCUUCUGCCUGCCUCUGCUGGUCAUGGUUCUAUGCUACUCGGUCAUCAUUCGCACCCUGCUGCAGGCCAAGAGCUUUGAGAAGCACAAGGCACUGAGAGUCAUCUUCGCCGUGGUGGCUGUGUUUGUCCUCUCCCAGCUACCGUACAACGGGCUACUUGUGGUUGAUGCCACGCAGGCCGCCAACACCACCAUCAAGGACUGUGCCAUAUCGGGCCAUUUCGAUGUCGCCGGGCAGAUUGCGAAGAGCCUUGCAUACACCCAUGCUUGCAUUAAUCCCUUCCUGUAUGUGUUCAUUGGCGUUCGCUUCCGGAAGGAUCUACUGAGGCUGCUGAGGCAGUACACCUGUGGCCUGAACCAGAGAGGCCUCAAUAAGAUGCAGGCCGUUCCCAAACGCCCCUCCGUCAUGUCCGACACCGAGACCACCCCUGCCCUCUCCUUGUAACCCCGCCUCCCUGAGACCACUCCCCCCCAUCUUGGCGUUACCACACCUACCCACACAUUAAACAUCACCUCAGACCAUACUGUUGGGUUGAAUCCUAGCUAAUGUUCUGUGUGCGUAAUUCAAAUUUCUCAUUGACAUCCAUACAUUUAAACGUGUAAAGGUGAAUACCAGGGGUCUCAAAGUUAGGCUUCAGCCCCCUGGGAUUGCCUCUGACUUUAUCAUUACUUCCAUAUGAUAUCAUAGGCUGCUAAGGACCGCACAUUUCCAGGGCGACAAACCCAGCUGCAUCCUGAUUACAUUGGUAUUUUGCCAGUAUAGAAAUUCAUUGUUGUUUACAUAUACCCUGUGCAGACAGUCAACAUACAAUACAUCCAAAGCAUACAGCUCUCUAGGUCCUUGUAUAAAAGUGUACAUUACUGUAUAUAAAUUGUGUCAAUGAGUAUUGUUACCUUGACUGUGUUACUGUUUUCUGUAUUUGUAGAGUAGGUGCUGCUGCAAAAUGAUUGGCAUUAUAAUUGUGAAAGCUAUCCAUUAAAACUGAAAUAAAAUGAUUGGCAUUAUAAUUGUGAAAGCUAUCCAUUAAAACUGAAAUAAAGUGAUUGGCAUUAUAAUUGUGAAAGCUAUCCAUUAAAACUGAAAUAAAAUGAUUGGCAUUAUAAUUGUGAAAGCUAUCCAUUAAAACUGAAAUAAAAUUAUUGGCAUUAUAAUUGUGAAAGCUAUCCAUUAAAACUGAAAUAAAGUGAUUGGCAUUAUAAUUGUGAAAGCUAUCCAUUAAAACUGAAAUAAAAUGAUUGGCAUUAUAAUUGUGAAAGCUAUCCAUUAAAACUGAAAUAAAAUUAUUGGCAUUAUAAUUGUGAAAGCUAUCCAUUAAAAAUGAAAUAAAAUGAUUGGCAUUAUAAUUGUGAAAGCUAUCCAUUAAAACUGAAAUAAAAUGAU